AUGGCAUCAUUAGCAAAUAUACCAAUAAAACCAGCUUCAACAGUGAUUGUAGCAUUGAAAUGGGCAUUCAAUCAACAACAAUCAUCAUUGCCAUUUGCCAUUGCUGACAAGUUGCAUCAACCUUCACCGUAUGACUAUCGAAUUAUGAUGGUAAAGAGAUCACCAAAUAUUAAAUUCUUUCCAAGUGCACAUGUAUUCCCAGGUGGAUCAGUUGAUAAAGAGGAUACAGAUCAAGCAUGGACAAACUUUUAUUAUUCUGACAAGAAAUCAACAAAAGUAGACAAUCAUCUAUCGUUCAAGAUUGCUGCUCUUCGUGAGAUCUUUGAAGAGACUAAUUUCUUUAUUGGUGGAAUCAAUGAAAAAGUAUUCACUACUCAAUCUAUUGAUACUAUUCAAUCUGUUAGAAAUGAUUCAAAAUCAUUAUUAUCAUUUUUAAAAUCAUCCAAUUGUAUACCAAAUCUAGAAAAUGUAACACAAUGGGCUAGAUGGGUAACACCAGAGGGAGAAAAGAGAAGAUUCGAUACAUACUUUUAUUUGGCACCUCUUACUACCUAUCCUGCUUCGGCGGUGGUAGACAACACUGAAAACACACAAUUGGAUUGGUUCUCACCCAUGGAAGCAUUGGAGGAACACGACAGUGGAAAGAUAUUCCUUCCACCUCCCCAAUGGCUCACCAUGCUACAAAUGUCAAAGAUUCACAACUUUAGCGAUCUAUUGAAACAUUCACAUCAACGCGAGACACAAGAUGUAGUCUAUUCACCAAAGUUUAUAAAGAAUAGAGUAUCUUCCUCUCAAUUGUCAACUGAAGACAUUGAAAUACCAAAGGGAACCGACCCAUUUCUUCACAACAAGACACUAAUCAAUGCUCUUCCAGGUGAUUUACACAACCCAACCGAUAAAUACACAAAGAAUGAUGGAUAUCAUCAUCGAUUCCUUAUUAGCAGUCGUAUCAAUGACCUAUCAGAUACAACAUCUUGGUACUACUCUUAUGAAAAUACUAUCCCUUCUCAUCCAGAUAAACAUCUUGAUGGUUCAAAAUGUAAUGUCAUCCUACCACCUGAUUCUGGAAAUAAUAUUAAAUCAAAAUUAUAA